AUGAAUUACUCAAACAUAUGCUCGCGUACAAAUCUGCACAAAAUCUAUCUAUCUAUCUAUCUAUCUAUCUAUCUAUCUAUCUAUCUAUCUAUCUAUCUAUCUAUCUAUCUAUCUAUAUUCAUUCUUCACACAUUUCUCUUGAUGGCUGGCUUAAUUGUGCAUAAUUCCUUCAUUUUCGUUUUUUCUUUCUUUUUAUUUCUGCUCAUUCUUUCUUUCUUUCUUUUUUCUUUCUUUUUUCUUUCUUUCUUUUCGUCCUUGACAUUUUUCUUUCUUUCUAUCUUCUUUCUUUCUUUCUUUUUUUCUUUCUUUCUUUUCGUCCUUAACAUUUUUCUUUCUUUCUUUCUUUCUUUCUUUCUUUCUUUCUUUCUUUCUUUCUUUCUUCUUUCUUUUUUGCUUUCGUUCUUUUUUUCUUUCUUUUUGCUUUCUUUUUUUCUUUCUUUCUUUUUUAUUUCUUUCUUUGUAUUUCAGUUCUUUCUUUCUUUUUUGCUUUCUUUCUUUCUUUUCUUUCUUUCUUUCUUUAUUUUUUCUUUCUUUCUUUCUUUCUUUACUUUUUAG